AUGCCGUCGAACGAAGGUGCUCCCUCUGCACUACUGACUCCAUUCAAGGUGCUCGUCUUGGGAGGAUCAUAUGGAGGACUCGCAGGGGCUCUUCAUCUAUUGGAUCUAUGCAAGGGCAGACCUUCUCGCUUCGCUUCCGAGCCGACUGAAUCCAGCAAGUUUGGCAGCUUCCCUGUUGACAUCACAAUCGUGGAUGAGCGCGAUGGGUACUAUCAUUUGAUCGGUUCACCGCUUGCGCUUGCUUCGCGGGAGUUUGCUUCGAAAGCGUGGACAAAGUUCAGCGAUCUUCCAGCUUUGAAGGACAUCCGCUUCAUUCAAGGAAGCGUCAACACCGUUGACUGCAAGAAGAAGCAAGCAGUCAUCACCGAGACGCCUACCCAAUCGUUAUUGGAAUUGGACUAUGAUUUCCUUGUGGCAGCUACCGGUCUUCGAAGGGUCUGGCCAGUCGUGCCCCAGACUCACACUAGGGAAACCUACCUGUCCGAGGCCGGCGACCAUAUUGAAGCGGUAAGGAGAGCCAAGGAGGGAGUUGUUGUGAUCGGUGGAGGUGCUGUGGGUAUCGAAAUGGCGGCUGAGCUCAAAAUGGUGCUGCCGAGCCAAAAGGUCACCCUCAUCCAUUCCAGGGACAAGCUGUGCUCCUCUGAACCCCUUCCCGAUGAGUUCAAGGAUAGAUGCCUGCUCACGCUUCGCGAGGGUGGGGUGGAGACAAUCAUGGGCCAGAGAGUGACUGAGACGAAAACAUCGCAGUCCCCUGAUGGUGAGACCACGUGGGAACUCACGUUGGCUGACGGGUCGAGAAUUCGUGCCAGCCACGUAAUCUAUGCCAUAUCAAGGAGUGUCCCUUCGACGACAUAUCUUCCUGCAUCGGCUUUGGAUGAAGAGGGCUACGUCAAAGUAACCCCAAGACUGAACAUCUCAUCUGACUCACCAAACUCGCUCUAUCACUUUGCGCUUGGUGACAUGAUAAGAUGGUCGGGUAUCAAGCGCUGUGGCGGGGCGAUGCAUAUGGGGCAAUAUGCAGCGCAUAACAUUCACCAGUUGAUGCUCAAACAGCUCCAUGAUAUCGAGCCCGAGUUCAUGGAAUUGAAUGAGUUUCCGCCAGUGAUGGGGAUAGCCAUUGGUAAGCAAGGCGUGGCAUAUUGGAAGGAAGCAGGAACCGCACAUGGAGUGAGCGUCCUCGAAACGUUCUUUGGUAAUGACUUGGGCAACACAAUUUGCUGGAAUCAUCUUCAACUUGGACACGAAGUCCCCAUACCCAAGCCGACACCAGCCGCCCCAGAUGCCGCAUAA